AUGAGUUUCGGUUCAGUUAGCGGAGGAGUUUCCCGAAAUCAGACGAUCAUGCGUUAUUUAUCCGUCGAUCCAGAGACCUAUCCAUUGCUCGGUAUGCUUGCUGUAAUCUUUGGGGCCGCCGGUUACAUGAUGGGGCGCAAAUUUUCCAGUCCUAACGACAAGAACAUGGAUAAUUUGCUAAAGACUCCUCGCGCAUAUCCUUGGCAACGUGUCACCAACACCACGAGUCCCGUUGUAAGAAAUGAGAGUAAGGGUGAAGAAUACAAGUAUCGUUAUCAAAGAUUUUUAGAUCAUAAUGACGGGACAUUAUCUUCUCCAAGUGUUAUCAGUGAAUACAAAAUCCGUGGAAGAUUUUCGAAGGAAGUCCUCGAUAAACUUCCUAAGAACAUGGUCAAAGAUUAA